UGUAACCAUCACUACUGAUUACAGAGCCAAGUGACCACAUAUGCACACAGGGUCAUGGGAGACUUUUUUUCCCUUUAAAUGUGGAUAAACAGGUGACAUCACAUCUGGAGAACUCAAAGGAGGCAGUGGGAUGAAUUCAAAGGAAAAUGAGCUAUACCAGGAAGUUGCAAGAGCUACCAAGUGGGAGAUAUGAGUUCAAGAGCAAUUCAAAACAUGGUGUUUGGGACUUCGAGGUAAGGGACUCGCUAGUAUUGGAGAAGAUCGAUGCAAUAAAGGUGAAGGAAAAUGAAGAACUCACAGAAAACAUUGGACUUCCCCUUAGUCUACUUGAAAACCGCAAUCCUUGGCCAGCCUAUGUCACAUAUACCUCCCCGAUGGUUGAAAAACUGAUUGAGAAAAGCAAAGCUCUGGAACUGGAAUGCAUGCGUGCUUUUGAGGAAAGUCAAAGGGCAUCAAGAUUGAGCAAGUCUCCUAGCUACACCCAGAUCAAAAGGAAAAAGUCAUCCAAGUCAACUGGUACCACAUACAAGGACUCAAGAUCAGAAACCACGUUAUCAGUGUGGGGUACCUACUCUGUCUCAACCCUGGGCCUCCCUGCUAUCUUAGAGCCCAAGAACAGUCAUAUGAAUUUCAGAGAUAGUCCCACUGCAAACUACAACAAGAUCAUCUUUUCUCGAAGACCUGUCACGAGGAGGCUUCCAUACAGCUCACUUCUGACCAACAAGGAGAAACAUGUCAGUGUUUAGUGAAGAGUCCCUGCAGUCAGCCCCCCAAGAUUGUGCAGCAAUUAAGUUCUGUUUGCCUCUA